CCCGAUCUCGGUUCUGUGAUCAUUCAAACGGAAACAUCCAAUAAAGACGGCCGCGGUUAUUGGCCAGAAUCUGAUUGAAAGUGCCAAGUCAAAAGUGAUAGAGGAUCCUUAUUUAGUUUAAAAUAUUUUUUCAAACCUAUUUUUAAAAGUAAAUUACAUAUUAUGUCGGCAUUGAUAUGUGGAACUACCUGCCUGGCCAUCUUCCAGCUGAUGCUGCAGUUGGUCCUGGCGGAGGAUUAUAGCUGGUGCGAUCCCACUUUGUGCCCGGAUGGGGUUAAACAUAUUGCUUGCCGAACCACAGGCCAAUUUGCCAGACGUUGCCAACCAGAUGCUGUCCAAGUGGAUAUAAAUCGUCACAAGGCAGACUUCCUGCAUGCCCACAACAAAAGGAGGAACUUCCUGGCCUUAGGAAAAGUUCCAGGGUAUUAUCCUGCCGCACGAAUGGCCACAAUGGUGUGGGAUGAUGAGCUGCAGUACCUGUCUAUGCUGAAUUCGCGCACCUGCAAACUGGACCACGAUGAUUGCCACAACACCUACCGAUAUGCAAACUCUGGACAGAAUCUCUGUGCCGUCUGGCGACCAAGGGAUCCUUAUGUGAAUGUCACCAGUUUGGUGGAGGAGUGCCUGGGUCUCUGGUUCAACGAAUACGAUCUGAUAGACAGCAGUUUUAUCGAUUCCUUCAAGGUCACAUCCCGUUUUGAGGACUACGGCCACUUUGCUGAGAUGAAUGUGGACAAGAACUUCGCGAUAGGCUGCUCCAUCAUGCGAUUCACACGUCCCGACUAUCCAUCCGUAUUUAUCUACAACUUCAUCUGCAACUAUGCUUCACUGUACGCCCUGGGAGCCCCUGUUUAUGAGACGGGUAGAGCGGCAUCUCGCUGCACCACGGGCAAAAGCCACUUCUAUCCAGGAUUGUGCUCCACCCGCGAGGUGUACGAUCCCAAUUGGUAAUGGUUAUCCUUCCCAGGGGGAUUCCAUCCACUCAGGUAAAACUGCCAAGAGUAUUUAGUAACCCUAAGCUUUAGAUCGAAGAUAAACCAAUAAAU